AUGUGCAUCCGCGUCCUAACAAUCUUCAAAUGCGCCUGUCCCCACCGCAACACCCUCGUGUGUCCACACCACAUCCACGUCCGCGAACCUUCUUCGUCAACCGCCGAUCCCCAAACCUCCUCAUCUCACCAAGUUACUAUCAUUACCCCUACUAGCUCAUCCCCCCCAUCCGAAUCCCUAGCAGAAAUUACCACUACCACCAGCAGCACAGACGAUGACGACUUUCAAAAAGGCUUCACUCCCCGCCUUCCCUCCGCCCUCCAAGGUCACAAGAACUGGACGCCCCUUCCCGGAAAGGAGAAUCAGCGGUGGGAACAUUGUCCCGGCUACCUCGCAAAAAGCAGAGCGUUGGCGGUGGCGGUAGCGGGAGCGGGAGCGGGAGCGGGAACGUCGUCCUCGGGUGGUAGUGGUAGUAGCAAUGGCAGUAGCAAAACGGGCGAGGGCACAGGGAUAAUUGUCGGGAAGGAAACGCAAUGCGCAGAGUACAAAGCUACGGAACCAAAGUUUAGGAGGCGGUGGGAGGUUAAAAGUGGGUUGUGUGAGGAGUGUAAGGGGAUGCAUGGGAUGCAGGGACCUGAGGCAGAAGAUGGGGAGAAAAGGAAAGAUGGAGUGAAGGAGAGGGGGAAGGAGCCUAAGGGUACGGGGAGGGGGGAAGAGAGGGGCAGGGCGAGGAGUAGAGCGGCUACGGACCCUACGGCGAAUGCUGUGCCGGUGCCGGCGAUGGUGACUGGUGGGAAGGUGGUGAAGGGGCGUACCGUCGAAGUCACAGCCUUGCUCCACGAAGCCGAACUUGGUAUUGGCGACAAUGCCGAGGAAGUCCGAGGAUUAGUACUCGCCGAACUCGCACUCCUUAUGGGUAUCAACGUAGCGUAUCUGGAUAUGGCCGAGGAAGUCGUUGAUGACCUUGUCCAUGAGUGGCUCCAUGGCUAUUCCAGGACGCUGGGAACGGAGUAG